GGUAGUGUUUAUGUAUACGAAAUAACGAACGCAGUAACGAAAGCGCCAAAGCGCUUAGAAGAGUAGAACGCCGCCGGGGUCAGACUGCCGUCUAUCCGUGCCUACAACAUACACUCUCGACUCGUCCUUCCCAGUUCUCAGUUUCUCACCGAGUACUUACAUUCGUCUCGUCUCUCGUCUAUCAUCGGUUGCGGACGGCACUGCGGACAUUGCUGUUUCUCGCCGCGGACCAACGGGUUUUCGUUCAGCGUCGUCUCCUUCACCACGGAGAAAUAUUAACGAUAAGAAAGAAGAUUAUAAAAUGAUAUAAUUACAAAAGUGGAAUAAUCUUUUUUACAACAUAUACAAGAAAAAAAACCUGCAUAUACAAUGAAUGAAAAAGAUGACAUAUGAACGAGGUCUACUACAUGUACCUACUUGUUAUUCCAUUAACACUUAAAUGGAAGUCAGUAUGUAGUAUGGUCGUGAAUUUGGAUGAACCACCUUUUCUUGCUGUUGGAACAGAAGUAAGUGCCAAGUACAAAGGGGCAUUUUGUGAAGCCAAAAUCAGAAAAAUAUCAAAAACUGUAAAAUGCAAAGUUCAAUAUUCUAAUGGGAUAUCAACAUUUGUCACAGAUGAUGCAGUGAAAGGACAAUUAAAGGUGGGAGCUAUUGUUGAUAUAAAAUGUAGUGAUAAAAAAGAAUUAGUUCGAGCUACAAUUCAAAAAAUUCAAGACUGUAGUCAAUACACAGUUGUAUUUGAUGAUGGAGAUAUAACAUGUUUAAAGAGAACAGCAUUAUGUUUGAAAAGUGGAAGACACUUUGCUGCUAGUGCUACUCUUGAUCAACUUCCACUAACACACCCUGAACAUAUUGGUGUUACUCCCGUAAGAACCACUAUAGUACAAGGUCGUAGAAGCCGAAAACAUAAAAAAAGUUUUGGGGAGAGUGGAGAGGAAGAAACUUCAGCAAUGGAGGAAAAAGAUAUUGGAAAAGUAGUUUGUGUAGAAGCUAAUGACAAAAAGAAAGUAAGGGACAAUUGGUUUCCUGGUUUGAUAGUUGCUCCAACUUCACAAUCCUCAGUCAGAACUAAUGUUUCGGAAGACUACCUUGUUCGUUCAUUUAAGGAUGGAAAAUACUAUACAGUACCAAAAAAAGAAAUAAAUGAAUUUACAAAAGAAAUUGGCGCCAGAGUGGAAAAUCCUACUCUCAAAACUGCCGUUGAAAAAGCACUAUUCUUCCUUGACAAAGAUGAACUUCCACCACACUGGGAUAGAGAUUUGUUAUUUGGUGUUGAUAAAAUUUGUAUUGCUACAGAUAGUGAAGCAUUUGAUAGUGAUAAUUCUGAUGAAGAAUCUAUUGAAGAGAAGGACCAUUUUGUCGCUCAGUUAUUUAAAUUUAUGGAUGACCGAGGAACUCCGCUUAAUCAAGCUCCUGUGAUAAAUGAAAAAGAUGUUGAUUUAUAUAAAUUGUUUAAGGUUGUCAAUAAUUGUGGCGGAUAUAAUAAAGUAAAUAAAGGUAAACUAUGGAAGUUUGUAGCAAAUAAAGCUGGACAUGAACAACAGUCAUUUUUUUCUGUGAAACAUUGCUAUCAACAAUACUUACAUAGCUUUGAGGAUUUUUAUCGAAAACUCGGAUGUACUAUGUUAAGUCAUCCAAGGGGUGUGAGAUCACGCAGCAGAUUUAGUCGCAGCAUUAUUAGGGAUGUUGAUAAGGCGUUGCCUAGCUCCUCAUCAGCAACUGAUAAAAAUAAGUGCUCAAAAAAUGAAUUGAAUGAUAAAAAAAAUAAGGAUUCUGCCGUAACCAAAAAAACAGCUAAAGCUAUUAAAGCUGAAGAAAAACUUCUCAAGAACAAUGAAGAAACUUCAAAGAAAGGUGAUAAAAAAAAAGAAGAUAUUGCUAGUACCUCCCGUAAUAAACAAUCAGUAAAAUGGGGUCCAGAAAUAAUAGAAACAAAAGAUCCGGUUAAAAAUUCUAAAACUAAAAAAGAAAUGAAAGAAAUAUUAAAAAAAGAGAUUAAAAAAGAAAUAGAUUCUGAUACAGUAGAUGAUGACCAAAUGAUUGAAGAUAAAAAAGUAGAAAAAAAAAAAUAUACCAGAAAUUUAUUUGGAAAAUCAGUGCGAAAAACUACUAAGAAAGAAAAAGUUGUCAAAGUGAAAACUGUAAAUACUGGGUUACCAGGUAUGAGAAAAAUAAGAGCUAUCAAAGACCAAAUCAAAACUUUUGUUAAAGAUAAUAUUACUCCAUUCAAAAAGUCUAAAAGAGGAGCUUCUAAUACCCAGCAAGAUGCUUUAAAUAAAGGAAAACCAGAUGAAGACAUACCAAAACUUACACGAUCGAAAACUAAAGAAGACUUACCAACAAAAUCAAGGAGAGUAUCUAUUUUAAGUGAUCUUGCUGAUAGCGCUUCUGUUGUACAGAUGACACAGCCUGGACUCCUCGUAGAAAAUCUAGUUAAAAUUAAAAAGGAAGAUGUAACUGAAAAGAAGAAAACUGUAAGAAAGAAAAAGGACGAUAAGGAAGAGAAAUUGUCUUCAAAUGAUUUAAUUCCUGCAUCUAUUGGUAUUGAAAAUGUUCCGUUUGAUAAAGAUUCACCUGUGGUCGUUGGAGAUAAUUUAGUUGUAUAUUAUGGUGAUAAGCAAGCUACAACUUAUGAUGCAAAAGUAAUUAAUGUGUGUGAUAUUGAAGGAGUAAUGAAAUAUUAUGUACAUUAUAAAGGAUGGAAUUCACGUUAUGAUGAGUGGAUAGAUGUAACACGUAUUGCUUAUAAAACUAAGGAUCCGGAACCAGGACCUGAAGUAGAUAAUGAUGCGGAUUCUUCAAAAAGUAGUCCUCCAGAACAAAAAAAUGUGGAUCCAAAAAAGGUACCAACAACAAGUAGUAGAACCAGAAGAUCAGUUACUCCACUCACAUCAAAUUCAAGUAUAAAAAAAUCACCAUUCAGCAGUGCUCGACCUACUAGAACAUGUACUUUGACCGAUCGUCCAUUAUUUAAUAUUGAUAAUUCCGAUUCGGAAGGAGAAUAUACAACAAGUGUAGGAUCAUCAAAACAAUACAAUAAGAAGAAAGUCAUUAAAUCUGAACCUGGUAUUAUUAUAAAGACUGAGCCAUUAGAUAUUGAUAAUCAGAAAAAGACACCAUACCCAAAAACAUAUCCUAGCAAAGAAGUACUAAUGCAACGGAGUGCACCUAGAAAACAAAAAUCAUGUUUGCUGAAAGUCCAUAGCAAUAAAUCUGAGGUAGUGGAGGUUUGUGAACAAGUUACUCUUAAACCAUCAUUUGAUUUUAAUUUUGUGAUGCCACCACCAAGUGAUAGUAUACAACCAAAUGCAGAUAGUGAAAAUGUAGAAGUACAGAAUGAGAGUAAAAUAGACGAUACUAUAAAAAUUGAACCAAAAAUUGCUCCUAAUCAUUAUUUGUCACCUAAAGAAAAAUCUGAAAGAAAUGAUCUAGAACUUAUGUCUGAAUCCUCAAAAUGUGCGAAUGAUGAAGUCAGAAUUAAAUCCGAGCCAUUGACAAUCCCAAUAAAAUCAGAAAUAUCAAGUAUCAUAUAUUACUCAUCAUCCUCUGAAGAUGAAGAACAAAAUCAAUUAAAAAAAGUAACUGAUGUCAUAUCUUCCUCAUUAGAUGAUAAAUCUGAUGAAUCUAAAAUUUCUGGUACUGAUUUUGAUCUUAACAAAAUAAGAUCAGAAAUGAAGGGAUUAAUGCCAACUUCAACAAACAGUAAUAAUGAUAUCACUCAAAAUACAGAUUCAAUCAUAUUGGAUCAACAAAUAGAAAUAGAAGUUCCCAAAAUCAAUGAACCAGUUACAGAUGAUGUUUAUGAAUUUAAAGAAUCUGAAUCAUGUAAUUUUGUUACUAAUUCUUCUGUCGCCGAAGAAAAAUUUGGUAGAUCUAUUAGACAUGAUUCACCAAAAUUAUUCAACUUAGAAAAACCUGACGGACUUCCAAGGGUCAUUGAUUCUCCGCCACAAGAGGAAGUAGUUGAACAAAAUGGGUCCAUGGUACCAUUUGUGCCUAACAGCAAUAGUGUUUAUUUAUUUGAUAAUAAUGUUGAAAUUAAAGAUAAUGAAGAUUUGAAUAUUACAAAUAAAAUCGAAAAUCCAAUCAUGAAUAAUCAAUCUGAUAAUGAGUCUAAUGAAUCCCAAAACUUAAUAAUAAGUGAUGUUACAGUAGAUACGCAAAAUAUAAAAGAAAUUGAGGGACAUUUCCAGGAUGAAAUUACUGUUUCUGACUUAAAAGAUGAAGUUUUGGAUUUGUGCAUGAAACCACCUGAAUCGCCACCUACCAACAUUUUUAGUAUGCCGGAGCAAAAUGAACUAAACGACAUGAUCGUCGAAGAAGAAGAUGAUGAUGAAGAUGAUGAUGAAUCGAAAUUAGUAAUAGCUGAAAAUGAGAAAGUAGAAACUGAUUAUCAAACAGAUUCUGAUCUUGUUGUUAUUAGCCAAGAACAUAAUUCUUCUAAUGAAGAAAUUGACGAAAACAUUGAAGUGCAAUCUCUGCCACCACUACCACCAAGUAUACAUACUAGUAUUGAAUUAGAGUAUAAAGAUUCAUCUCAAGUAAAAAGAGCUAUUAGUAUACCAAAAGAUACAGAUGAUGAAAGUACUACAUCCUGUAAUGAGAUCAUUCAAAAUGCUCUUAUUCAAAGUUUCCAAAAGUAUUCACAUUUUGAAAACCAUUCAAGUCAAAAUAGACUUUAUAUGGAUAAUAUUGAUGACAAUACAAAAUCCGGUUUUGAAUUUGAUUCAAAUUCUAAAUCACCUACAGUUGAAGAUAGAGAAAUUGUUGAAUCUGGAACCAAACUUCCCAUUGACGAACCUUCAAUGAAUGAUAAGCCCAAAAAAUGUGAUUUUAAAAUCGAAAAUGUUAAAAAUAAAUACGAGAAAGAAAAAAAUAUAGUGCUACCAGAAUUGCAAUGUAGAGAAGAAAUAGUGGAUGAAGAUACUCUCAAUAACGCUUUAGCUAUAGAGUACAGCCGUAAAUCUGCAGAAUAUGAUAUUCAUAAGCCUAGUACUAGUAAAGGUUUCUUUGGUUCAAUACAUCAACCAGGUACAAGUAAAGAUAGUUUUUAUGAAGCUAACACUAGUAGUGAAUCAAAAAAUAGUUUCUUUGAAACUAGUCAAGCAGUCAAAAAUGUUAUUUUUGAUACAAACGUCCCUGGAAAAACUAGUUUAUUUGAUCCCAAUAUUCCUAGUUGCAGUAGCAAAGAUUUCUAUGAUCAUAAUAUUCCAAGUACUAGCAAAAACAGCUUUUAUGAAAACUCUUUGCCGAGUACUAGCAAAAGUUUUUAUAAUCCAGAAUCUGAUGUAAAUAGUGUUCUAUUUUGUGAAGAAACGAUACCAGGUAGCCCAACUGGUAUGUCAGAAGAACAAUAUGAUCAAGAGGAAAGAAAAAAAGCUCUUCAAGCUCUCUAUGAAGAAAGAGAAGCUGCUUCAGCUAUGUAUGCUAUGAAUCAAUCUUUUCGUAGACCAAAGAUUACAUUGAUGGGUGCUACAGAAGAAGAAAUGGAGGAAUAUUCUAAUAUUCUUCAAAAAGAUGGAGGAAUACUUGAUCAACGACAUUUACAGUUCUUAGCUGAGGUUUCAAGUAGGAAUCUUGGUGUAAAUAUAAAUGAACCAUCAGUUACAGAACCACAUGAAAGAGAACCAGAGACAGUAGUUGAGAAAAUAGUAAAGCCACCAGAAAAAAUACAAUCUAAGCGCAGAAUUAGUAGUCACGAACAGCCAUCAAAACGCAGUAAAUUAUCUACUACUACUGCUCCAUUACCUUCAGUAAGUCAUGUUCAAAAACCAGAUGAAGGAAAAAUACCGUUAUCACUGAAAGAUGGCAAACCAUUAGUCUCAUAUACUCCAGAUAUGGAUUCGGCCCAAAGGCAAGCUGUUAUAAUAAGCAGAAUGAAUGAUCUGCGAAAAGAAUAUGGUACAAUAAAAGGUCGUUUAAGCGUGAUUGACAGAAGAAAGAAAAAAAUUAAAAAGCGCAAAAGAGAGCUGGCCAAAGCUAUUAGCCUGAACCAAAAUAAAACUUCACAAUUAGCUAGUGGUGCUAGUACAUCAAAAUAAAAUUUAGUUUUAGUUAAUCAACCUAUUAGAACUUAGCUUAAUCUAACCUAAUCUAUAUAUGUUAACUAUUUGAUAUUAUGUCAUUGAAAAUGUAAUUCCAAAUUAUAUUAAAUACUUAAUUUUAUUUAUUUGUUUUGGAAAGAUAACUUAUUUUUUACUCAGUAGAAUAAACAUUUUUUAUGACAGCAUUAAAAUUUAAAAUUGUACCCUUUAAUGUUACCUAUUUAGUAUUAGUGCAGACUGGAUUGUGCGUUAGCACUUGGUAAACAAAAUUUUUUAUUUCAAUACAUUUUUUUACAAUUCAAAUGUAAUUUGAGUUUAUUUUUCA